AUGUCUCCCGCGACUAUGAAGCAAUGGGUAGUGGAGAACAAGGAGAACGACUUCGACGGACUCGUCUACAAGGAGGGACCGGUGCCGAAAGUCGGUGAGCGUGAAGUGCUGGUGAAGCUUCACGCAGCGUCAUUGAACUACCGCGACCUUGUUAUUCCUAAGAACAAAUAUCCAUUCCCUCUCAGCUUGCCAGUGGUGGCCGCAUCGGAUGGUGCUGGCGAAGUUAUCGAGGUCGGUCCCAAGGUCACUGAGUUCAAGAAGGGCGACCGUGUUGCGACCCUCUUCAACCAGGGCCACCAGUACGGCGCGAUUGAAAUUCCCGCGACAUUUACCGGCCUGGGGGGCGUGAUCGAUGGUACAUUGCGCGAGUACGGCGUUUUCAGCGAAACGGGCCUUGUCAAGGCCCCGAAAAACCUCAAUGCCCUCGAGAGCAGCACUCUCACCUGUGCUGCUCUUACGAGCUGGAAUGCCCUGUACGGUCUGAAGCCUCUGAAGCCCGGCCAGGUCGUUCUGGUGCAGGGAACCGGUGGUGUGAGCAUGUUCGGUCUGCAGUUCGCUAAAGCCGCGGGUGCAACCGUGAUUGCUACCACCUCGUCCGCCGCGAAGGCGGAGAAGCUGAAGCAGCUCGGCGCCGACCACAUCAUCAACUAUAAGACCGAUCCCAACUGGGGCGAAAGUGCUCGCAAGUUGACUCCGGAAGGUGCCGGUGUGGAUCACAUCAUCGAGGUUGGCGGACCGGGCACUCUCGCGCAGAGCUUCAAGGCCAUUAAGUACGAGGGCGUGAUCAGCGUGAUUGGAUUCCUCGGUGGUGGUAAGGAUAAAGACCAGCCAACUAUCCUGGACACUCUUAGCAACAUUUGCACCGUUCGCGGUGUUUAUGUGGGUAGCAAGGAGUUGAUGAAGGAUAUGAUCCGGGCGAUCGAGGCCAAUGACAUUCACCCCGUCGUGGACGACAAGGUUUUCACCCUGGACCAGGCUCGACAGGCCUAUGAUUACAUGUGGGCCCAAAACCACUUCGGCAAGUUGACCAUCAAGAUCAACUAA